AGUACAAUCAUCACAACAUGUCUAAUAUGCAAUCUUCUGACUCUUCAAGUUUUGAAAGUGUCAAACACGAAGAACCAUUAGAGUUCCGUCCGGAUCUCGAUGUUCAAUCUAUAAAUUCAGAAGUAUCACGUUCAGUUACAAAUGGAUAUACCAAUCAAUUAAAGAUGGUACGAACAGAAACAGCAAAGUCUAUGCAAGAAUUAGGGGUCUCGUCAGAUAUACCGGCUCAGGAAUUAAAUCAUCCUCCUGUGGAAAAUCCAAUUUUCCCUGAAGAAUAUACCUUGGAAACCAUGACUGGGUUAGUGCCGGCCCAAACAUUACAAUCUUUAGGUAGAGUUAAAACAAGAGCCACUCUUGGGAGGCAGGAAACCAGGAUAUCGGAAGAAACUUUGGAAGAAGUUGAAGCUAUUGAUCCUGAAAUUGAAUUUGUCACCUUCACAUUAAAUGACCCAGAAAAUCCCCACAAUUGGCCAAUGUGGAUAAAGUGGGUUUACACCGUCCUUCUUAUGAUAUUUGUUAUCUCUGCCGCCUAUGGUUCAUCGUGUCUUGCUGGUGGGUUAUUCACAAUUAAUGAUAAGUUUGGUGUAUCUACAGAAGUUUCUACAUUGGCAGUUUCACUUAUGGUUCUUGGAUUCAGUAUUGGUCCAUUAAUAUGGGCUCCAUUAUCCGAACAAAUCGGAAGAAGACCUGUUUAUUUCAUUUCGUUUGGAUUAUAUGUGAUUUUCAAUAUUCCUUGUGCAUUGGCUCCAAAUAUCGGUGCCCUUUUGGUUUGUCGAUUCCUUUGUGGGGUGUUUUCAUCUUCUGCUUUGACAAAUGUCGGUGCUAGUUUGGUGGAUAUUCACAAUGAAACCAGAUCUUUGGCAAUUGCCUUCUUUUCAUUUGCACCUUACUCCGGUCCAGUUGUUGGUGGUGUUGUCAAUGGGUUCAUCAGUGUCGGAACCGGAAGAUUCGAUAUUAUUAUCUGGGUUAAUAUGGCAUUUGCUGGUGUUAUGUGGAUUAUCAUUUCUUUAAUGCCCGAAACAUAUGCUCCUGUUAUCUUAAAGAAGAGAGCCAAGAAAUUAAGAAAAGAGUUUGAUAAUCCAAAGAUUAUGACUGAACAAGAAUUCUCACCAUUAUCAUUCAAAGAACUUGUAAAUGACUGUCUUAUUCGUCCCCUUAAGUUUGUCGUUACUGAGCCUGUCUUGGUUUUGGUCUGUGCAUUUGUUGCCUUAAUCUAUGCCUUAUUGUAUGCCUUCUUCUUUGCCUAUCCAUAUAUCUUCUCCACCUUAUACGGCUACAAAGAUGACAAGAUUGGUCUUAUGUUCAUUCCCAUUAUUAUUGGUGCCGCUCUUGCAUUGACCACUACACCUGUCAUUGAAAAGCAAUACGCUGCAUUGUGCAAGCGUAGAAAGCCCGAACCUGAAGAUAGGCUUUGGGGUGCCAUGAUAGGUUCUCCCUUCCCUUGCAUUGCCUUGUUUAUAUUAGGAGCUACUUCAUUCAAACAUAUCAUCUGGGUGGGUCCAGCCUCAUCUGGUAUUGCAUUUGGUUAUGGAAUGGUGCUUAUUUACUAUUCUUUGAAUAACUAUAUUAUCGACACCUAUGCUAAGUAUGCUGCCUCCGCAUUAGCAACCAAAGUGUUUUUGAGAUCUGCUGGAGGUGCUGCUUUCCCUUUAUUUGUCACUCAAAUGUAUAGUGGAUUAGGACUACAAUGGGCUAGUUGGUUGUUGGCAUUUGUUUCCUUGGCGAUGGUGUUAAUUCCAUUUACAUUUUAUAAGUAUGGGAAAAAUAUUAGGGAAAAGUGGUGUAAGGAAGAUUACACUAUUUAAGCUUAUAGAUAUAUAGAUCCUUUUAAUAUUAAUUGGACUAAACUU